AAUAAAUUGAUAAGCGAUAACGCUAAGGUCAAGUAAAGUUCAGUUAACCAAUAAGAAAUAGGCAAUCCAAGUCAACAAAAAGAGCACGUGAAAUACACGUGAAUCAUAGCCGUAGGAAACGCCAAUUCGUUUUAGUCCAUGCCAAGAAACUUUCCAUUUUCCAUUAAAUCCCCUUUCCUGUAACCGAACAGCUAACCACGAAACCCUACAAUUCUUCCGAUUCUUUUCUUUUUAGGCUCACUUCUAAAUUUACCCGCCAUUUCCACCUGAAUCUCAAAAUAAUAUAUCCUCCGUCAAAUCCUCGCCGGAGCAUCCCAAUUUUUGCACCGCUGCAACACCGGUGCUUCUUCUCUCUCUCUCCCUCUCGAUCCUGCGAUGCAUUUUAAGUGAUAGCGCAAAAAAAAUUUUGUCCUAUAAUUAUAAUAAAGAUCAAUGGAUAGUCAUGAACCUGAUACAGCAAGUUAUAUACAGAAAGAGGUUUCAGAAAAUAAUCUCCAAGCCUCACCUGUAGUGGAAAUAGCUGUGGAUAAAGAGCAUCAAGGCGCACAAGUUUCUCUUUUUUGUGUUCACAAGAGUCUGGUGGUUGUUGAGAGUGAGCAUGAUUGUGAAAGUCAUGGAGAUGGUUCUCCUAAUGACAAAAGUAGUGAGGACUGUGAAAGUCCAAAAUCCUCUAACAAGUCCGAGACAUCCAUUGAGGAUGAGCCUGAAUCUCGGAGCCCUAAUGUUCCCUUUAUUGAGGAAUCACAGAAUGGUGCUGCUAUAAAGGAUGAGGAAGAAGUGUAUUUGGUGCCCAAAGUUGGUAUGGAGUUUGAGACAGAGGAUCAUGCAUAUAAGUGUUAUAGUAGAUAUGCUGUUCUAGAAGGUUUUAGCAUUAGGAAAGAUUUUGUAAAUAAAAGUAGGAUAAAUGGUGAUGUAGUUUCCAGAAGAUACACUUGUUAUAGACAGGGUUAUCGGCCAACUAAACAUGUUACAAAUGUGAGGAAACCCCGGCAUGAAACUAGAACUGGUUGCUUGGCACAUAUGACCAUUGCUCGCCAACCCAAUGGAAAGUUUCGUGUUACUCGUUUUGAAACACAGCACAAUCAUGAGUUUGUGACUGCUUCUACAGCUCACAUAUUACCAUCGCAGAAGAGGUUGACUUUUGCCGCAGCAGUUGAAGCUGACUUGGCUAAAAGUUCUGAGAUGGAUGGGGUACCAAAACUUGGAAUGGGUUUUGACUCGGAAGGUCAUGCAUAUGAAUUUUACAAUGCCUAUGCUGGGGGAGUAGGUUUUAGUGUUCGAAAAGAUUAUGUGAAUAGGAGUAAGAUAGAUGGUGCUGUGGCAUCUAGGAGGUUUACUUGUUUUAGAGAAGGUUUUCGGCAGAAAGACAAACGAGAUUUGAAUGUGAAGAGACCUCGGAAGGAAACGAGAAUUGGAUGUAUGGCUCAACUGGUCAUUUCUCGUCAAUCAGAUGGUAAAUAUCGUGUCACGCAUUUUGAAGAAAAGCACAAUCAUGAACUUGUUGCUGCGUGCCGGGUUCGCACAUUACGCUCACAAAAAAGACUAGCUACAGCUCAAGUUGAAGGGAAUGAAGUAGAUGGUUCUACAAUGCAGACAAAGUUAGUCUCUGAGUUAUUAUGCAACAAAAUAGGAGACCAGGAUGUACAUAGAUAUCAAUGUAGUGAUUACAAUAAUAAACUACCUUUUAGACGAAUGAGAGAUAUGAAAGAGGGAGAAGCAGAAAGGUUGCAGCAAUAUUUUCAAAGUAAGCAACUGAAAAAUCCUUCAUUCUUCUAUUCCAUGCAACUUGAUGCUGAAGAUCGGAUAACUAACAUGUUCUGGGCUGAUGCAAAAAUGAUGGUGGACUAUAGUGAUUUUGGGGAUGUGGUUUGCUUGGAUACAACCUAUAGACUGUACAAAGAUUGUCGGCCAUUUAUGGCAUUUGUUGGGGUGAAUCAUCAUAAGCAAAUGGUGGUCUUUGGUGCUGCCUUCUUAUAUGAUGAAACCAUUGAAUCUUACAAGUGGCUCUUCCAAACUUUCAUAGAGGCAAUGUCUGGAAAGAAACCCCAGACAAUCCUCACAGAUCAAGAUGCUGUAAUUGCUGAAGCUAUUUAUUCGAUGUUACCUGAGAUGCAUCAUCGAAUAUGUGUAUGGCAUAUGUACCAACAUGCACUUAAACAGCUUAACCACUUGUUUGUGGGCUCAUGUUCGUUUAUAAAUGAUUUAAGGAGUUGUUUUUUUGAGCAUGAGGAGGAUGGGCCUUUCAUGAAUGCAUGGAAUCAAAUGUUAGAUGCGUAUGGUCUGCGGGAAAAUGAAUGGUUACAUCAUAUGUUUAAAGAAAGAGAGAAAUGGGCCAUACCAUAUGCAAGGCAAAUUUUUUGUGCAGACAUUACAACUGCGCAACUUCAUGCAGAUCUUACUGCUAGCUUGAAAAGAUAUCUAAAGUUUGAUUUUGAUGUGCUUUCGUUUUCCAAGCAUCUUGGGAAAAUGUUGAAUGACUGGCAUUACAAAGAGUUGGAGGCUAAUUAUGAUAUGAGUCGGCGAUUGCCGAGACUAAUGGGGGAUGUGAUUCUCUUGAAGCAAGCAAGAGAUAUAUACACUCCGAAGAUAUUUGAAUUGUUCCAGCAAGAAUAUGAGACCUCUUUGAAUAUUCUCAUUAACCAUUGGACUGAGAGUGGAUCAAUGUUUGAGUACAAAGCAAGCAUAUAUGGGCAAGAACAAGAAUACACAGUUGGUUUCAAUUCGUCCAAGGAGAUGGUAGCCUGUAACUGUAUGAAAUUUGAGUUUAUGGGAGUUUUGUGCAGUCAUGCGCUGAAAGUUCUCGACUUUAGGAAUAUCAAGUUGCUCCCAAGUCAAUAUAUCUUGAAGAGGUGGACAAGAGAUGCAAGGGUUUGAUAGUUUUACGGACAUUUCAAAUAACCGCAAUUAAUCAGACAGUAGCCAAUUAUUUACUGCUUAUGGCUACUGUUCCAGUGAUGCUACUGUAAAUAGAUAGCGGCCUUUUGAUAAAUAUUGUAUUAACUAACACUUUAUCCCAUCUUGAAUAACAAUUAAUGCAUGAGAGAGAAUAAAAAAUUCUGAACUGUUUUAGUC